GGCGAGGCCACCGACCGGCCGGGGGGGUGCUGCCUCUUCAUCUCCCGGCGCCCCCGCCCCGCCCCGCCCCGCCCGCCUGCCCCAUCGCCCCCCUACGCCGACCGCGCUCCCCCGCCCACGGCCCAGCGAAUCCAGCGCGCCGCCCAGUCGAGCGAGGAUUGCUCUUCGAUCGCAGCCGCCAUCGCCUCGACGCCUCGCCGCGCUGCGCUGCGCUGGUGCUGCUUGGUCGGUGUUGAGCGGAGCGGGAAUCGGGCCGGACCCUAGUUGAAUUCGUCCUUACCUUGUCGUCGUUGCUGAUGCCAGAAGCCGAGUGGAACGAUGAACGCACUAGGCUUGUCUGUGAACUCUUUGAAGAACAGGUUCAGGCUGGGAACAGGCCGAAUACGCACCUGAACAACAUUGGUUACCGCCAAGUUGCGGCUAAGUUUCAGCAGAGGACACAACUUCUCUAUACAAAAUUGCAGCUUAAGAACAAAUGGGACAAGUUUAAGAAUGAUUAUAUCACUUGGAGGAAGUUGCUUGUAGUGGGGAAGGGUUUACCCUGGGACAAUGCUAAGGGGACAUUUGUUGCUGACGAAGAAUGGUGGAAGAAGAUCAAUAAGGAACUGCCAGGUGCAAGGAAAUUUCGACAUGGCGGUCUACAACAUGAGGAUAAGUUGAAAGUAAUGUUCGACUACAUCACCAGUAAUGGUGUGGAUCCUUCACCACCUGCUCCGGAAAGCCCGAAGAAUGGGGUGGAUCAUUCGCCACCGGCCGCAACUGGUUUGCCGGAGCAUUCGCCUGUGACUGCACAUGGGUUGCCAUCUGGUCCAGACAGCCACGUGAAUGGCACAGAUCAUUUGCCACUGGCCACACGUGAUUUGCCACGUAUUCAAGAAACCCCCAUGAAUGGUGUGAACCUCGAUGGAUCGGACAACACUGAAGAUAAUGAUUACACUCAUCGAGAGCCUGUGUUUCAUUAUCCUUCAAACAGGAAGAAGAUACCGAUCCAUUUCAGUGCUGCAAAGAAGAAGAAGAAAAACAAGUCCGAAACUGCUCUGCUCAUGCAAGCUCAUUUGUACCGCAUAACUGAGCUGGCUCAGAAAGCACAGGACACUUUCGAAAAGUUCAGCUCCCAGGCUGACUCAGCGCCAUGGCCUAGCAUCCAGGAUGUUAUGACACUGGUCCGGGAGUGCGGAGCACGGUGUGGGAGCAAUGAGCAUUUCAUUGCAACUGAACUUUUUGUCAGUAGAGAACAGAGGGAGAUGUUCCUGACCAUGGAAACGGCCGAGGAACGGUUCCAGUGGCUUAGAAGAAAGUACAUCGUCAAGUAUUUGUCAGGUACAACAGGUACAAGUCUGGGUACUAGGUAAAGUGAUCCUGGGCGUUUACAUUAGGUUUUCUCCCAAGUCUUUUAGGCUUUGAUAUCCAACAUGACACAUUUUGUAUUGGAUCCUGAUAUAGCAUACUCUGCAUCCUGACAAGUUUGGUUGUAUGAAUGUGUAGCUUAUCCUCUGGUUUCACCUGUUCCUGUGUAGUAACAGUUAUCUUUUGCAAAGCCUCUGAUUCUUCCUGCAAUGGGCACAUGUGUUUUUGGGCCUGUGAGAAUUCACUGCAGAAAUUAGGCCCAUAUUCACUUUGUUUAAGCAAUGGAGCCCACAUUGAGAAAACCGCAGGAAAGGAAAGGGCCGAAGAGGAGUAGUUUGUCCGUGCCGGCGCAGCGCAGGGAAGGCCUGGCCCGGCAUCGCUCGCUGCACUGCUGAUGCCAGCUGGCACCGGAUGGGGAGGGAGAGCUCCGCGCUGAUGAGCAUCCACGCAAGUUCUUUUCUGGGGCGCUGUUGGAUCUUUCCUGGUCUUGCUCAUGCUGCAUAAACCCACUUUUAUAGCUCGAACUAUCAAUGAACUAUUUAAGAGAUCAAUUUGGUGAAUGCUUGGCUUUUAUGUAUGCAAGUUCAUGAAUAAUGACCAUUCACCAAUAUUUUUGUAUAAUGUCAAACUAUGAUGAUUGUAUGACUGCCAUGUGAAUUAUAUUAAUUUUGAGAAGUGGGCUUGGCCCACGUGUGCUUCAAA